GUUUAACAAAUGUCACAAAUAGAUUAAGAUGGAUUAUAGAAUUGUACGAAUAAUAUUGAAAAUAGUAGAAGUUAUAUUAUGUUUGAUUGGACUGGUUUUGUUAGAACAUACAACGGUAUUUUUUGACAGAUGGACAUACGAAAUGCUAGUACUGGUUUUCGGUGGUUAUUUCGUCAUAUGCUUGAAUAUCCUUUUCACUGUUUACAUGGAAGAAGAAUUCAGCGAGUUAUCGGAUAAAGUAUUCAUGGCCCUUGGAGCUUGUUUAUCUCUAACUGCAGGAAUCUUCACAUUAAUGAGAUAUGUCAAAAGAGAUAAUACUGAAAAAAUAUGGUUUUAUACAUCGAAGUUAACUAGAUCAAUGGAGUUACCUAUUUGUAUAAUAUCUUUGAUGUUGUUUAUUGUAUUUGUUGCUGAUAUUCUUUCAGCAAAAAUGAUUAAUGAAGAUUAGAUUGAAACCACUUAUACUUUAGUGAUAUUUGUACCAAU